GAAGAAGAGCAACAGAACGAGGAGGAGGAGGAGGAGGAGAAAAAGAAUAAGGAGGAAGAAGAGGAGGAGGAGGAAAAGGAGGAAGAGGAGCAACAGAAGGAGGAGGAGGAGGAAGAGGAGGAAGAGGAGCAACAGAAGGCGGAGGAGGAGAAAAAGGAUAGGGAAGAGGAAUAG